AAUUUCACCAAGGAAUGGAGUAAAGCGUUUUAAAAAUGGAAUCAGAUGAUCUAAUUGGUGUGAGGAAUCAGGUGAAUAUCUCGGCUGUUUUUACCAACAUCUCACCAACAAUAACAGGACCUGAGGAGCACGCGCCUUCAUACGAUAUACUAAUAACGUCCAUACUCGGCACAAUUUUGACCAUCAUGUGUUUAGUAGGAGUAAUUGGAAACGCUUACACCCUGAUCAUCAUGAACACCUCCGUGCGCGUGACUGGAUCCAUGUACGUCUACAUUGUGAACUUGGCUCUGGCGGACCUGCUGUACCUCUCCACCAUCCCUUUCGUGGUUUGGACGUAUUUUGCGAAGGACUGGUACUUUGGCGACAUCGGAUGCCGCGUUCUGUUCAGCCUGGAUCUGGUCACCAUGCACGCCAGCAUCUUCAUCCUGACCAUCAUGAGCACGGAGCGCUAUCUGGCUGUGAUGAACCCGCUGGACACCUUCGGCCGGUCCCGGCGCUACAGGCGCGCGGUCACCUGCCUCGUGUGGCUCUUCUCCUUCAUACUGGCUCUGCCGACCAUGAUCAUGAUUGACCUCAAGAGAGACGUGCACAAUGGAGUAGAGAAGCGCAUGUGCCAUCCGACCUGGCAGAUGACCGCAGUAGUAGUUAUUAUACUAUAGCUUCUGUCAUGAUGAUUUAUGACUUUGACCUUUGACCUUUUGACAGGUU